AUGAGCGCACGGGCAUACCCAGCAGCUGGUGCAAUGUCAUCGCCCUGCUAACAGGACUCACUGAAGGAAAAACCACCUGCACUGGAGGUGCAAGCGCCCUCAGCUACACCUAUGGUAGCUAAACCUCGGCAUUGUCGGUGAAGGAAGACGCGCAAAGGUGUUGUCGCCCUAAAAAAAAAAAGGAGGAAUUAAUUUCACCGACAGGAAGGGACAACAGCCCGUGAAGUUCAUGUGCCGUAUCCUGCUUUUCUGAGCCACGGUAGAGGGACGACUGGACUGUGUCCUGUCUACUGUUCAGAAUGGCUAUCAUGCGACAGUUUGGAUUACUGCUUUGGAAGAAUUAUCUCCAGCAGAAACGUCAAAUCCUGGUGACUCUGGUGGAGAUAGCCCUGCCCCUGCUCUUCUCCAGCAUCCUCAUCGUGCUGCGCCAGAAGGUGCCUUUCAAGAACUACCCCAAUGCCACUGUCUAUGAGAGCUUCUCCGUUGAAACUCUACCCCCGCCGCUGAUGAUCGGGCGCUUCCAGUUGGCCUACGUGCCUGGCAACUCCAGUGUGGUGCGCCAGGUGGCAGAGGAUGUGCAGCACAGCCUGGGCCUCAGUGCCAUUGCUUCAGUGCGUGGCUUUGAGACGGAGGAGCAGUUUGAGGAUUACGUGAGGAACGACCCUUUAUCAGGAAAGGUGCUGGCUGCUGUGGUGUUUGAACAUCGCUUCACCCAUGAUGAUGAACCUUUGCCCCAACAGGUGAGCUACCAUCUGCGUUUCACCUACACCCCACGCAACGCCCCCGCCAAAGAGAAAUCAGAGCUGAACCCUAAUAACGACUUGGACUGGCACACCCUCAGCCUCUUUCCCCUGUUCCAACUGCCAGGGCCCAGGGAGCAGCAUUAUAAGGAGGGCGGCACGCCUGGUUAUUUCCGAGAGGGCUUCCUGGCGGUACAGCAUGCGGUGGACCGAGCCAUCAUGCGCUCCUAUAACAGACCUGCCGCUGCCUCUCUGCUGGCCCAAACCAGGGUGGUCUUGUCGCGUUUUCCUUUCCCAGCCUUCAUAUACGAUGUCUUUAUUUUGGCAAUUCAGAACCAGCUGCCACUAGUACUGGUGCUCAGCUUUACCUAUACCUCCCUCAAUAUAGUCCGAGCUGUGGUGCAGGAGAAGGAAAGGAAACUCAAGGAGUACAUGAGGAUGAUGGGUCUCAGCAACUGGCUCCACUGGAGCGCCUGGUUCCUCAUGUUCUUCCUGUUCCUUUCCAUCUCCGUCUUCUUUGUCACCCUGCUGUUCUGGAUUCAGGUGAGCCCCAAGGGUGCGGUGCUGACCUACAGUGACCCCACCUUGGUCUUUGUCUUCCUGCUUGCCUUCACUGUGGCCACCAUCAACUUCAGCUUCAUGAUCAGUGCCUUCUUCUCUCGAGCCAAUGUGGCUGCAGCAGCGGGCGGAUUCAUCUAUUUUCUGAGCUACCUGCCUUAUUUGUUCCUGUGGCCACGCUACGACUUAUUGAGCCAUGCCCAGAAGGUGUCCGCCUGCCUUAUCUCCAACGUGGCCAUGGCCAUGGGAGCUCAGCUCAUAGGAAUGUUCGAAGGCAAAGGUACUGGAAUCCAGUGGUCUAACUUGUUUGACUCUGUGACAGUGGAUGAUGACUUCUCCCUGGCCCAGGUGCUGGGCCUGCUGCUGUUUGACGCUGUGCUCUAUGGGCUGGUGGCCUGGUACAUGGAGGCUGUUUUCCCUGGAGAGUAUGGAGUACCGCUGCCAUACUACUUCCUCUUACUGCCUUCCUACUGGUCCAGCAGCCCUCGCAUGGCCCUGGUCAAUGAGAAGGAGGAAGAGGAGGAUGCAGAAAAGGCUCUGAAGGGAGAAUUUAUUGAAGAGGAGCCAGCUGGACUCGUCUCUGGGGUCAAGAUCAAACACCUAGCUAAGGAAUUCAAAGUGGGAAACAAGACGCGACAGGCUGUGCGGGAUCUGACAUUGAACAUGUUCGAAGGACAGAUUACUGUGCUGCUGGGACACAACGGGGCUGGGAAGACCACCACUCUGUCCAUGCUGACAGGCCUGUUUCCCCCCACCAGUGGCAGGGCCUACAUCAAUGGCUACGACAUCUGUCAGGACAUGGCUCUGAUCCGACGCAGUCUGGGACUCUGUCCUCAGCAUGACGUGCUGUUUGAUAACCUUACUGUCAGAGAACACCUUCUCUUCUAUGCACAGCUGAAGGGCUACCCCAAAGACAAGAUUCCAGCUGAGGUUGACCGGAUCAUCCGGAUCCUGAACCUUGAGGAUAAGCGACAGGCGCGCUCCAAGACCCUCUCUGGUGGCAUGAAAAGAAAACUCUCUAUUGGCAUUGCCCUCAUUGGAGACUCCAAGGUGGUGAUGUUGGAUGAGCCCACAUCUGGUAUGGAUCCGUCAGCACGGCGUGCCACCUGGGAACUUCUGCAGGGAGAGAAGCGCGGGCGCACAAUCCUGCUCACAACACACUUUAUGGAUGAGGCAGACCUCCUUGGCGACCGUAUCGCCAUCAUGGCAGGGGGAGAGCUGCAGUGCUGCGGGUCACCCCUCUUUCUUAAGAACAAAUAUGGUGCUGGCUACCACAUGGUGAUAGUUAAGGAUGCUCUGUGUAACGUGUCGGAGAUCACCCGCCUUGUCCACAUGUAUGUUCCCAAUGCCACGCUGGAGAGCAGCGCGGGGGCCGAGCUCUCAUACAUCUUGCCCAAGGAAAGCACCAGCAGAUUUGAGCUGCUGUUUGCCGAGCUGGAGAUGAACAGAGAGGAGUUGGGCAUUGCCAGCUAUGGAGCCUCAGUGACCACUAUGGAGGAGGUCUUCCUCAGAGUUGGGAAGUUGGUGGAUUCCAGUUUGGACAUCCAGGCUAUCCAGCUGCCAGCCCUGCAGUACCAACAUGAGAGACGCUCCCAUGACUGGACCACAGAUGAUGCCAGCAGCAUCAGUGGCAUGACUGAUGCCACUGACUUCACAGACAGUGGCACACUAAUCUCAGAGGACUGCUCCAACAUCAAGCUUAACACUGGGGUCAGACUUUACCUGCAGCAGUUCUAUGCCAUGUUCCUGAAGAGGGCGCUUUACAGCUGGAGGAACUGGAAGGUGAUGGUGGCUCAGUUUCUGGUCCCCUUGGUUUUCACGGUUGUGGCCUUAAUUGUGGCACGCUCCUUCCCCAGCCACCAUAGCGCCCCCCAGCUGAGGCUGGCGCUUAGCCGCUAUGGCCACACCAGGGUGCCUGUGGCUCUGGAGCCGGGGGCUGGUCCCCUCGCCACUGUUCUGGCUGACGCGUAUAAUUCUCAGCUCUCUGCCCAGCUCGCCCAGCUUGUCAACAUCACUGACUUCACUGACUACAUCCUGACCCAGGCAGAGGAGGAAGGCGGGGCCUUCAAUGAACACUGUGUGGUGGGCGCAGCUUUCCGUGGCAGCAGCAGUCACUUUGCAGAGGCAACAGCCUACUUCAAUAAUGAGGGUUACCAUACCCCUGCCACAGCCCUCAUGAUGGUGGACAAUGCCCUGUUCAAACUUCUGGCAGGGCCCAAUGCCUCCAUCCAGACGGGCAAUUACCCCAUGCCACGCAACCUGUCUGAAAUUGCCCAGAGCCAGCUGACUGAGGGUCAGACGGGCUUUGCCAUAGCCAUCAACCUGAUGUAUGGUAUGGCCUCCCUGUCCAGCACCUUUGCCCUGCUGUUGGUCACAGAGUCCUCUGUCAAGUCCAAGCAUGUGCAGCAGGUCAGCGGAGUCUACCUCUCAAACUUCUGGUUUUCUGCCCUUUUGUGGGACCUGGUCAACUUCCUCCUGCCCUGUGUCCUCAUGCUGGUGGUGUUCCAGGCGUUUGCAGUCAAGGCCUUUGUACAGGACAACCACCUGGUAGAUGUGCUGCUGCUACUGCUGCUGUAUGGCUGGGCCGUUGUGCCUCUUAUGUACCUGCUCAGUUUCCUGUUUUCCACUGCUGCCACUGCCUACACACGCAUCACCAUUUUCAACAUAAUCUCCGGAACAGCCACCUUUCUGGCAGUCACCAUCAUGACGAUCCCAGAGUUGAAGCUGCAACACCUGUCACAUCUGCUGGAUAAGGUGUUCCUGAUCUUCCCAAAUUACUGCCUUGGCAUGUCCUUCAGCCAGUUCUAUCAGAACUAUGAGCUCAUCACCUUUUGCACCUCCAACCCUGUUGCCCAAAUCAUCUGCAAGUACUACAACAUCACAUACCAGGAGAACUACUUCUCGAUGCUGGAGCCUGGUGUGGGCCGCUUUCUGGUGGCCUUCUCAGUGCAGGGUGUGGUGUUCAUUGCUCUGCUGUUUGUCAUCGAGCUGCAGUGUGUCCGCACUCUCCGGCGUCUCCUCGGUUCCCUGGGCAGAAGAAACAAACAGCUACCUCUGAUAGAGGAUGCAGCACUGCUUCCGGAGGACAGGGAUGUGGCCGAAGAGCGGAAGAGGGUUCUGGAGUGCCAGCCAGUGGUAGAGUCCAUGGUUGGUAGCCCCCUCAUACUGCAGGAACUCAGCAAGGUGUACAGCAGCGGACAGAAUCUCUUGGCUGUGGACCGGCUUUCUCUCGCUGUGGGGAAAGGAGAGUGUUUUGGCCUCCUGGGCUUCAACGGGGCAGGGAAGACCACCACCUUUAAGAUGCUGACCGGGGAUGAGAGCGUUACCUCUGGGGAUGCUUACAUUGAUGGAUACAGCAUCCUGAGGGACAUAAAAAAGGUGCAGCAGCGCAUUGGCUAUUGUCCCCAGUUUGACGCUGUGCUGGACCACAUGACAGGAAGAGAAACUCUGAGCAUGUACGCCAGGCUCAGAGGGAUUCCAGAGAAGUAUGUUUCCGGCUGCGUGGAGAAUGUCCUGAGGUCACUGCUGCUGGAGCCUCAUGCCGAUAAACUGGUCCGCAGCUACAGUGGGGGCAACAAGCGGAAACUGAGCGCAGGCAUGGCUCUGAUCGGUGGGCCUCCGGUCAUCUUCCUGGAUGAACCCUCUACUGGGAUGGACCCUGUGGCCAGAAGGCUGCUGUGGGAUGCUGUUACACGCACCCGGGAGUCUGGCAAGGCCAUUAUCAUAACUUCCCAUAGCAUGGAAGAGUGUGAAGCCCUUUGCACCAGGCUUGCAGUGAUGGUGAAUGGCCAGUUCAAGUGCCUUGGGAGUCCCCAACACCUGAAGAGCAAGUUUGGUAGCGGCUACACCCUGCUGGCUAAAGUACAUAUAGAGACUGAGGUGGAGGACAGCGACCUGCACUUAUUUAAAGACUUCAUUGAAAGCACCUUCCCAGGAAGUCUACUGAAAGAUGAACACCAGGGUAUGGUGCACUAUCACUUGACAGACAAAACUCUCACCUGGGCACAGGUGUUUGGCACUUUGGAGGCAGCCAAAGAGAAGUACUGUAUCGAAGACUACUGUGUGAGCCAGAUAUCACUUGAGCAAGUGUUCCUCAGCUUUGCCCAGUUCCAGCACUGCACAGAGGGCAGGAGGAAAUAAGCGGAGUCCAGAAUCCGUCCAUCCAAUGUCCAUUUUCUACUGUGUGUGGAUGCCCUGUGUGCACGGAUUUGUCUCAGUCGUACAGCAGCUGUGCACACAGGACACGCAGGCCGACAGCUCCCGCACAGGGCUGGAGCACAGUGUGGCUCUUUGGCCGUGCCUUGGCUGUGUACCUCCAGCACCGUUUGUACCUCUGCUGUGACUCGACCACCACACACACCGGGCCAGUCUCCAAACAUCAGCCUCAGCGUUUCUUCUUCUGUAUCAUUCUAGUGUGUCUUUGUCGGCUCACUCAUGCCAUUCUUGCUGUGAGACAUGUACGUAGGAAAGUUAGGAUUAUAACAGGUGGGGAUUGAGGGGUCAGCUAUACCAAGUAACAGAACCUCAACACUGCACCUCCUUAGUGAGGUCAAAGGCAAUGAUACAACCCAUAAUAUAUGAAAAAUCAGUACGUACUUCUCUGCAUGGUGUGUGAUGGACAGGGUUUAUUUGUUUGUGCACUUUUUGUACGUGCAGCUUGUCUUUUUUUGUUAUUUAUAAUUUUGUUUUAUCACUUGAUUGUUGUGUUUCUGAGAAUUUGUGCUCAGUUGUGAUCCUCAGUAAUCACAAGAGAGUGGACCACUGUAUUUGAUAGUUUUGAUGUAGUUGCACACCUUUGCGCCUUAUCUAAAAAAAAAUAUGUUGUUUUGUUUUCUCCUCUUUAUAUUGCCCUAUACAAAAUGCCUGGUCACUAUUAAAAGCAGCUUAAUGUUGUUGCAGAUGUAAAUAAUGUAUUCAUGGUACUAAAACUGCUUACUCAUUCAGAGAACUUUGAAGACUGUUUUGGCCACUUUAAUGAAUGAAUGUGUGCAUGAAUUACAAAUUUACCAAAAUGCAUGAUAUUUGGAGCGCAUAGAGCUACGAGCUAACAUCAUAAGAUCAUUCCACUUUAAGUUGUAUUUUGAAUACAUCUAGUCCAGUCUGACAUGAACGAUUUCAGCACGUCUGGUUGUCUAGCUCUUGUGAAUCAACGCUUCUUGUGAAUCAACGCUUCUUUUCACCUCCCUUUUUUACUUUUUUUUUUUUUUUUUUUUGCGGCCAAAGAAGUUGCAGCAACAGAGUGUGAUCAUACCAUGGAUAUAUGGAUAUCCAGCCAUUACAGUUUACAUGGGACCUGUUCAGAAAUGUGUUGGCACAUGUGCUGAUCAUUUUAAGUGGCUACAUGGGUUUCUUUAUCUUUGAUACAGAUUAUUUCCAAGGGGAUGUCUUGACUUUAACACCUUUAAAGUCUGCAUAUGUUUGAUUUAGUCCUUCCACAGCAGCAUUGCAUUGAUUUGGAGUUACGUUUGUACAAUUAUGAUCUGUUAUCUUUUUUUCUGUAGCUAUGCAUUUCACAUGGUACCUGUGUGUGUGUGUGUGUGUGUGUGUGUGUGUGUGUGUGUGUGGGAGAGAGAGAGAGAGAGAGUGAGAGAGAGAGUGAGAGUAAGACAGUAUACCAUCCCUGAACUCAUCUAGACUAUCCUACAUUGCGAUGAUAUAUUCCUUAAAUAUGAAACCAGCCAUAGGACAUUGAUAAAGCCAGGAAAGAGUGGACUGGCUUGUCAUCUUAAUGCAAAGCUUCUCCUUCAAGGAAAGCCCUUAACCACCCUGUGAAUUUAAUAAAGUCACUUAGACUUUUAAUCUCGGGUUUAGGAAGAAAAGAAAUGGCCCAACAGUGGCAGGCAUAACCGAUUAUGCAGCUCAUUCCUUCUUCUGAGGAAAAUGAUCAGUGUGGUGCUUGUCCCUCCUGUAUUUGGAUGCGCCGUAGUUAACUUCUGUUUGAUGUAUGCCCAGUGCCGUAAUCACAUUCUCAAAGCCGUGUUUCUACGUGAAGACCGUGCAGUAGUCCUCUUUUCUGUUCGAAUGAAACUCAAAAUAUCAAAAGAAGUUUCAUUAUCAGCAUAGUUCGAGUCCACUUUCACGCUUUUGAUACAGUAAAGAUCAGAUUGUUAUCUCAUUCGUGUACAAUUCAACGUGACAUUCCUACUAUGGCAAGCUCACUCUGCCUACACAGAGGUGACGUGAAUGUAUUUAUUUUACACAUAAGCAAAAAGCACUCAAGUAAAUUAAUCAACUCUGCUAACAAGUAGCUUGAUAUGAUUUGAAGCGCUUUAUUUGAUAGGUGACAUAAUAUUAGCUGUCACAAGUGAGUAGAGAAACACUGAAAUAGAGACUGACAUUCCAAGAAGACACUGACAUGUGGCUUACUGGUCUUGACCUCUUUAACAUUUUGACCUUUGUUAUGUUUGUAUGUGUAUUUGCACAAUUCAAGUGUCAUGCCGAUGACGUGUAUCAGCUGUCACAUUUUCAGUUUGAGGGAAAAAAAAUGGAAAGGGUUGCCCUAAUAACGAAAGAUUGAUGAUGCUGAAAUGCAGUGUAUCAUAAUUAAAAAGGGAAUUUACAUCAUUGUAAUUGUGUGUACUGUACUGCACCAUGGAACUGACCUUGUCAACUGUAUAUGUAUUGUUAUUAUUUUUAAAUUAAAUAAUGCUCUAUGCAAAUGGAA